AUGCCUCAUAGAACCCGACCCAUGACAGCACUUUUGUUGUUCACUGCUCUCAAUGCAGCUUUGUCUACAACCAUUACUCCAGUCUAUGAUUUUGUUUGCUUUCUUCCCUACUGGGAAAGAAGGAGGGAAAGACGUCGUCAGGAACGUGAAGCUACUAUAGCUAACAGUUUCAAAUAAACCGUUGCUGGAUCUACUUGGAGAACCAUUUUAGACUAGGAUUUUUAUUGCCUUCUCUUCAUCAUGUAAAUUAUUUCUUUUAAAAUAUCUGUUUCUGUACUUCAUUUAGCCAAUGUGACCAUAUAACUACAGUUCGUUGGCGUUGUGGCUUGAGGUUGGGAAAUCAAAAGAUCUCUUAUGAAGCAGCUCGCCUUAAAUAAAUGCAUCAUAAACAUUAUUUGUGAGUCUUCGUAUUGUGAAUGGGUUAUGAAGUUCGGUAUGUGGUUGGCUAA